GAGCCUGAAAGCCUUCGUCCUCCUCCUCUUCAGCGCGCAGGACCUGUCGGGGAAACCCGGAGGGGCGUGUCCGCCGCUCUGUGCGCGUGUGUGCAGCACGUGCAGUCUGAGCAGAAACCCGGAGCACAGACCGGGACCCCGGGGCCGGACCUUCUCCUCCUCCUCCUCCGCUCCUCUCCGGCUGCUUCCCUCCUCUUAUCGAUUACUGCAGGAGCAGCGCGCGCCACUGCGUCGUCGUCAUGCUGGAUGUGUUAAGAGCGCGUCCUCGCGGCGCACCCUGGGGCUCCACGCGCUCCUCCGUCUGCCGGUAACGGAUCGAAGUCAGGAGUUUGAGCCGGUUUGAACCAGAAUCUCCGACUUUGAAUCACUUUGGACGAAGUUUCAAACGCUGAUGUCACAGCAGAGCUGAUCAGCUAUCUAGUGAUCAUCAGUACUUCAGUGAUUGAGCUCAGCAGCGGGAUUAAAUUGCCAGAUUAUCACCUGUAACAGCUGACCUGCUGACGUCAUCAGGUGUUCCACUGGACGGUGAGGAGGAUGACGCCUUAUCUGCAAUAAGCGGCGUGUGGCGGUGACCGACGGUGGCCUGCAGGGGGCGAUGGCCGCCGCCUACAGCAGUCGGGACAUUGUGGAAGACUACCUGCAUUACAAGCUGCUCUGCAGGGGCGUGGCCUGGCCUUCGGCGCCGCCUCCGCACAGACCGGGCCAGCGCAGGGCCAAUGACGUGGGAGCGCCACGCCAAGACCCCCGUGUGGCCCCGCCCCGACUGCAAAGUGUGCUGCGGAGCGCCGGCGAUGAGUUGGAGCGACUUUACGGUGCCGAGCUGUCGGCCCAGGUGUCGGUGCUGCGGCUACGUGGGGAUGGCGGCGAUGCGGCAAGGCUGCGCAACAUGACGGCUAUCAGAGAGGAGCUGUUCAGGGACGGUGUCAACUGGGGACGCAUCGUGACCAUGAUGGAGCUGGGCGGAGCUCUGAGCGCCGAGGUCGCCAUGACUGGUGACACAGGUCACGUGGACGACAUCGCCGGCUGGAUGGAGGAGAGUCUGGACUCGCCGUUGCUCCAGCGAUGGAUCCAAGACAACGGAGGAUGGGAUGCUUUUAUGGAUCUGUAUGAGUCCAGACCUGCAGAUAGCUUCUGGGCCCUGAGCACAAUGUUUGGACUGGUUGUACUGGGAGCAGCUGUGGUCAUACUGGGAUUCCUGUUCAGCCAGAAAUAAAACUGAUCCAGGUGGAAGUCUGAUCCGGUCCAGCUGUGAAGCUGCAGUUCCUCCAGCGAUCAGAUGCUUUUGUGCUUCUGUUACACUGAAGGAUGCUGACUUUGUGUGGGUGGAUUUUUUUUAAAGAAGUACAUUUCACCACCUCAUCUGUUUUUUCAAGUUUUAUAUGAUCUUUUUUUUUUACCCGAUUAAACUUUGAGUUGAAAUUUAUAGUAUCUUAAUUAUAUAGUCUUGUGGCUUUCUUACACAGAUCAGUAUUUUUUAACUAGUUUAAUGGGACUACAUGGAUAAAGUCUUAUCUCCUUGGAAAAACACAACACAGCUGCAAAACCUGCAUCAUAAUAAACAUUUACAGAGGACCAAGGACCUUCAGCUGACCUCGACUCCUUAGUGUAAAUAAGAAAGUAGGAGUUACCCCAGAGGUUUUCUUCCAGUCUUUAUGCUGAGCUGGCUAAAGACACCCUGGACCUGUAUCACAUUCACCAAGUAAACUGUCAAAGGAGGCUCACAGGAGCCAGGAACAGCUCAGCCAUAAGACAGGAACUAAGCACCGGUCACAGGACCAGAACAGAACCAGAAGGUUCAGCAGGAGAGUCAACCAACACCAGCAUCUGAUUGGUUCCUGAUUUUGCUUCACAUCAGGUGAUGAUCGAGGUCCAGGCCGACCAGCAUUCCUACCAUCAAGGACAAAGUUCUAAUAGGAAGCUUGAUGCUGAUCAUUGAAGUCUGAUUUGUGUAGCAGCUUCUUUGCUGGGACCAGUGAUGAUGAUGAUGAUGAUGAGUUUGAUCACUUGAAGCUAAGAAUUGACAAUAACACAAGAAACCUGUUUGGUUACGGCUCCUGCAGUCUUUAAGAAGAUGAUUUAAAUGUAGCAUUCAUGGUGAAAAUGGUUGUAAAGAUCAGAUAAACUGAACUGAAACACAAGUAGAGACAGUCACAGGGUUCUGAGGCUGCUGGCUGGUAGACAUGUCAUUUGCUUCCAUCAAGUGGACAAACAAAGGUCCUGCAGCUUUAAUCAAAUAGAAAACAUACAGGACCCAGACAGGAACCCUGAGGAACACCAUUAUUCACUGGGAUGAAGAUAGUUGGACCUCAGGAGGAGGCGUCCUUCACUGCUCUGUGAACGUUGAUGUGGGAGUCUGGAUUUCUUUUGGUCCAUGGCUCUCCCUGAAUAAACCUUCACAGGGCUGUGAGGGCAUCUCUGUGGUUGAUGGUGUUAAAUUGCUGUAA